CACUCCGCGGCGGCGGCGGCGUGGGCGGACGCGGGCGCGGGCGGGCGCGGGCAGGCGCGGGCGGGCGUGGCGGAGGCUCCACUGACCCCAGAGACGCACCAGCAUCCACUUCCACAUCCACAGCGCCUGCGAGCGCGCGCGGUCGGGUGCUCCCGCGCAGCCCACGAGGGGCCCGAAGCGUCGUCGGGGCCUGGUGCGCCAGCUGUGGCGGCGCCGGCGACUUCGUGCGCUGGAAUUGCAGAUUCGCUGAGCGCGACUGACGCAACAUCGGACGCCUUCGCAAUCUACUCUCUGGCUCCAUGUGGUUCCAGCGCUGCGGAAAAUAAGGAGCAUAAACGCAGAUGCCUUCUUCGGCAACUGCGGCGCGCGGCGCAAUGGACGGGGAGUCUCGCUGGCCCGCGCCGCCCCGCGCCGCCCGCGCCGCGCCGCCGCGCCGCCCCCGGCCCGCCGCAUGGCACUGCUGCUGGCGGGCAAGCGUGCGCCGCGGCGGCCGGGCUGGGCUUCGGGGCGCAACUGGCCGCGCUGCUGGUGCCCGGCCACUGGUGCCGCGACGCCCGCGCCGACUCCCUCCAGGCGCAGCUGCCCCUCGAGCUGCACGAGGUGCUGCAGUUCACGGUGCCCACGCGCCAACGCCCUCAAGGGCUUUCUUACAGUCAGUGUCGAAGAUACGAGGGGGACAUGGCAGCCGCUUAUCUCAAGUGGAUUACGACUCGUAACAGGCCGCACCAGGGUAAUUCUUCGCAGCCAACAAUUCCAUGCGACCAAGGCUGGCACUACAACUUCACGGGAGGAUUCUCAACUAUCAGCACAGAUUUGAACUGGGUGUGCUCCGACGGCUGGAAGCCGUACGUCGUGCAUUUCACGUUCUGUAUCAGCGCGAUUGUCGGAAUAUAUCUGUGGUCUUUCCUCGCUCAAAGGUGGGGGCGCCUGUGGGCGCUGCUGGGAGCGCUGGGCGCGGGGCUGGCGGGCGCCGUGGCCACGCUGCCGCCCGCCGCGCACCUGGGGGCC